CGCGGCGCAGGGCGCGGGGCGGCAUGGCCACCACCGCGCAGUACUUGCCGCGGGGCCCCGGCGGCGGAGCCGGGGGCACGGGACCGCUUAUGCACCCGGAUGCCGCUGCGGCGGCGGCGGCGGCGGCGGCCGCCGAGCGGCUGCACGCUGGGGCCGCGUACCGCGAAGUGCAGAAGCUGAUGCACCACGAGUGGCUGGGCGCGGGCGCGGGCCACCCCGUGGGCCUAGCGCACCCCCAGUGGUUACCCACGGGAGGAGGCGGCGGCGGCGACUGGGCCGGCGGCCCGCACCUGGAACACGGCAAGGCGGGCGGCGGCGGCACCGGCCGAGCCGACGACGGCGGCGGUGGCGGCGGUUUCCACGCGCGCCUGGUGCACCAGGGGGCGGCCCACGCGGGCGCGGCAUGGGCACAGGGCGGCACGGCGCACCACUUGGGCCCGGCUAUGUCACCGUCGCCGGGGGCCGGCGGGGGUCACCAGCCCCAACCGCUAGGGUUGUACGCACAGGCGGCCUACCCAGGGGGCGGCGGCGGCGGCCUGGCCGGGAUGCUGGCGGCGGGCGGCGGCGGUGCGGGGCCGGGCCUGCACCACGCGCUGCACGAGGACGGCCACGAGGCACAGCUGGAGCCGUCGCCUCCGCCGCACCUGGGCGCCCACGGACACGCACACGGACAUGCACACGCCGGCGGCCUGCACGCGGCGGCGGCGCACCUGCACCCGGGCGCGGGCGGCGGUGGCUCGUCGGUUGGCGACCACUCGGACGAGGACGCGCCCAGCUCGGAUGACCUGGAGCAGUUCGCCAAGCAGUUCAAGCAGCGGCGCAUCAAGCUGGGCUUCACGCAGGCCGACGUGGGGCUGGCGCUGGGCACGCUGUACGGUAACGUGUUCUCGCAGACCACCAUCUGCCGCUUCGAGGCCCUGCAGCUGAGCUUCAAGAACAUGUGCAAGCUCAAGCCGCUGCUCAACAAGUGGCUGGAGGAGACCGAUUCGUCCAGCGGCAGCCCCACCAACCUGGACAAGAUCGCGGCGCAGGGCCGCAAGCGCAAGAAGCGCACAUCCAUCGAGGUGGGGGUCAAAGGCGCGCUCGAGAGCCACUUUCUCAAGUGCCCCAAGCCCUCGGCGCACGAGAUCACCGGCUUGGCCGACAGCCUGCAGCUGGAGAAGGAGGUGGUGCGCGUCUGGUUCUGCAACCGGCGGCAGAAGGAGAAGCGCAUGACCCCGGCGGCCGGCGCGGGCCACCCGCCCAUGGACGACGUUUACGCACCCGGAGAGCUGGGACCGGGUGGGGGCGGCGCGUCGCCGCCUUCGGCGCCCCCGCCGCCCCCACCGGCCGCGCUGCACCACCACCACCACCACACACUGCCCGGCUCCGUGCAGUGACCCCGCGGGCCAGGCCCCCCGCCGGUGCGCGGCGAGGCGCCGCGCGGCCUGAACUCUUUUUGUUCGGUUGCUUUGGAUUUUACAAAAAGCCCAGAAACUUUCGAACAAAACCAAACACCCGGACGACCCUCUCCGGCGAGCGGCGAAGACGGCCAGUAAGCUGCGUCGCCCGAGCCCCGAGAAAGAGGAGCGAAGAUCCGGUACGCGCCAACUCACCACGGGCAUCUUGCCCGCCGCCUGCUCCCUGCCCCCAACCCCUCGACGACCCCCGCCCCUGCCCCCCGGGCUGUUCGGGGCCGGAUCCCGGCAGCGGCCUCCCCACAGCGACAGGUAACGCGGUUCGGGGUUAGGGAUUCCCCGGGAGAGAGGACGAAGAGAGGAGGGUUCCCCAUCCCUCUCCCCGGCGCGGAUUCCCGAGCCUGCGGGUCGAGAGUGGGGGACUGUCACUUUAUUCGCUCCAUGCCUCUUCUCUCCCAUAAGGAUGCGCCCCAUUCCCCCUUACCCUUCCUCCGGGCUUGGUUUUUUACAGUUUUUAUUUAUUCAUGGAGCCUCUCCGCUCCGGGGGUCCUUCUAACUCUGCCCGCGCCCUUAAUUUAAAUCGCUGUAUACUGUAUUUAUCCGGGCCCCGGAGGGGAGGCCGCGAGAGCCGCGUCUGUGUAUAAAAGCAGGAAAUAGCCAAAGCUUUAAUCUAGCCUAAUUUAUUUUUCCCCCUUACCUUCCCCUACCCUACCCCGAAAAAAAGCAAAACAAAAAAAAACAAAAACAAAAACUAACAAAAAAAAAAUUCGAGUGUUCAUUUUUCGUUUCGUUUAAUCCGAGCUCCGGCUCGGUUCCCGGCCAAGCUCGAGGGGUCUACGCUCCCACGCGCACGCGGAUGGGAAGGGCUUUUGCCCGGCCGCAGACCGACCACCGCACAUCAGGGCCCCCGCUCCCCGCGGGGCCCUGCCCUCCUGGCUACAAACAAACGAAACUUGGAAAAGUUGGAGAUAUUUUUUAACCAGCUGUAGAAAUAAGCCGUUCCCUGAGAACCUUCUGCCUGAAUCCCUGCAGCUUCAGCCCGCUCCCUUUCCAGCCCCCUGGGAUGCGGGAUGCUGGGGGAGGCCUGGAGAGAAAUUCCCCAAGUUUGGGGUGAGGUGGGAACCAUGUAAAUAUGUGAGAUAUGUACACACUGGCGGGGAGAAAGAAACAUUUUGUGCUUGGUUUUUAUUUUUGGUUUUCCGGGUUGCCCUCCCUCCCCACCCUAAAGGAUUUUGUACACCCACUAAUCCGAAAAAGAUAUUUUAAUAUGAUUUCCAGAUUUCUGAUCCAUCUCUAUUUAUUUUCUGGAUGUGUUUGGAGCUUCCCCCCCUUCUCCAUUUCUCGUUCUGUUACCUUUGAAUUUAAAUUUUGUUAUUUUAUUUUUAUUAUUUUUUGGAACAAUGUUUUUGGUGCAUUCUCUUUGUAUCUUUAUUGCAAAAAAAUAAUAAUAAUGUAGACUGGGAAGUUCCCUUUAUAUUUAUGUUAUAGUAAAUAUUUUAUUACUCACAUAAACAUGUACCCCAG